AUGGAACCCCAUCUAUCUAUGCGGAAUCAAGAAAUAUCACUUCCUCCAAGUUAUUGGAGUGUUCUAUCACCAGAAGAUCGCACUGAGUUCAUGCGACUUCGAUCAAAUUUCCUUCAAGGGCAAAAAAUUUCAUCAAAAGAUCGACGUAUCGUUACUUUCCGUAAGGAAUUAAUUACAGUGCUUAAAUUCAUCGAAAGAAGUGACGUUCAUCAAGAAGAAAGAAGUGUAUUAGUAGGUGUAUGCUUCGCCGGACCUUUUAUCUGUGUCAAUACACGUCAGCUCAAAAAUUUCCUUGGUAGAUGUAAGUCUUCCAUCAAUGGAAGCUUCCAGCAAAUGGGUUAUGUUGCACUCAGAACUAAAGCGAAAGCUCGAAGUUGCGUAGUUGCAGUAAUGCCUUCUUUACAGAAUGAACAGAAUAUUCUUAGACAAUGGACUGUACGCUUUGCAUCAAAUGAUGCUCAUUUUUGUUUCUUAUCUUCAUUUUCUCAUGUUCAGCUUCCAGCUAUUACAGAUGAUGAUCUAUAUGAUGAAAAAAGGCCAGCUGCUCAAAAUAUCUCUCCACCACCGCCAUUUCAAGCCAUGCCAAGGCCACUCCAGCAAUUUCAACCGAUGCAGCCUUACGUACCUCAACAGAUCAGACCUCCUCCACCUACAAAACCACGCCAAAUCGAACUUGAUCUUCCAAAUAUGGACGAAGGAAGCCCAUUCGAUCCAGAAACAAAUCAUCAUUCAGACUUAGCUACUUCAAUGUCAGUGGAUUGCUUUUCCACUAUUAAUUAUACUAAUGAUACAUGGGAUGAUACCGCUACAGCAUUUGACGGACCAACAUUUGAUUGGGAUUUGCAGAUGCCGUCAAAUAAUAAGACAAUGCCGCAUUCUAAUUCUGCAUUUUUACCUUCUGUUAGAGAUUGGGAUCCACUUGAUGAUUUCUAA